CUGGUUCUGUUCUGUAUAUUUUUUUUGGGACUUUGUUUAUAUGUUUAAAGUUGAAUGAAUUUUAUUUUGGUUUUAAAUUUGUUUCAUGCAUUUAUUAAUAUUUGUACGUAUUAAGACAAGUCCUUUAUUGCCUUAGUGCUUGGGUCUACUUAGGGUGACGGCUCUCUACGUGCAACGGAGAUGUUGACUGCUGCUACUUUGCUGCUACGGCCGGCAUGCUGUUCUCUAUGUUUAUUUGACUGAUACGGGUAGAGGCCCAUGAGAGAUGGGAAAGGCUGAAAAACAGCAUUUUGAAGACCAGAGCGACACCGUCCUGAGAAGCCCCCAGUCAGAAGCCAGUAAGAUGUUGGAAGCUGCCCUGCAGCAAAUGGAUGGGAUUAUUUCCGGCGCGAAGUUCGACCCGGCGGAGAACAUCAGCCCCUGCGGCGGGCCCAGCGCCGCCGAGCGCGCCCUCUCGGAGGCGGCGCACAAGAUGGUGGCGGCGCUGAAGCAGGCGUCGCCCGACCUGCCGCCGCCGCCCGACAAGGCCGCCGCCGCCCUCAUCCAGCACUGGAUCAGCCAGCAGAUAUUCCGACGGCUCUCUGAAGACACCCUUCGCCUCUGAUGUGCCUGUCGAACACCGCUCCAGCCACCGCUCUUGCCGUCUCUGAGUCCGCCUCCCUCCAAAACCUCUGAUGCUGCCUCCGCAUCCUCUGACUCUGACGCAGCCUGUAGUGCACUUGA